AUGAACUCUCUGACCGGUACUUCAUCUUCUCGCUCGUCCUCGUCCUCAUAUCGUUCCUCGUCUCGCUACAGCUGCAGCAGCGUCACCUCCAUCCAAACCGACGCUUCCCUGGCCUCAGAUCCUCGCUUCCUGCCCUUCCAGAGGUCGACGCCUCUGUUCGGGAGUCAUGACGCCAACUCGCCGCUGUUUCUGAGCCUGGGAGACGAGAGCGAGACGUUCGGGGGUUACCAGGGAGACCGAAAGUCCCAGAAUGAGGGUUACCAAGGUGACUGGAAGCAUGGAGACCCACAGGGUGACAUGGGGGCGCUCCGGGUGGACGAUAGCUACUACCUGUCUGCAGACGUCAGUCGAUUUGAACCGCAUGAUAUAGUCGUGAUGGCCUUCAACAACAGCGUCGUGAUCCAUGCUGAGAAGGUCGGCGAUGAUGGAGGAGUCAGGGACAGAUUUACCCACAAGUCUUUGCUACCAGAGGACAUGGACCCAUUAUCAGUCAGUGGGACCCUGACCUCAGAGGGUACGCUCGUGGUCAGAGUGAGAAGCACGACGAGAUCCUCCAUGACGUCCAGCACCCCUACCUUCCACUCCGAAACUCUCCUUUAA